GAGAUCAACGCGACGCGCGAUAGACCGAAGAGCGCGAUGACGUAUCUUCUGCACACAUUUCCGCCCAAGACCUGCAGCCUAGCAAGCUUGUGGGAGCAUGCCGAGCGACGUGCGACCAGAGCGGCGGUAUUAUGCAGGGCUGUCGGAAGAUCUUCCCCCUUCGCAUUGGCAGAAGCGUGUACGAAGCAUCACUUGGGCGUACUACACGAUUGUGAUGGGCACAGGAGCAUUAGCGUUUCUACUCUACGAGAUCCCAUGGCGCUUUCAGGGCCUCAUUGUCCUGGGUGACAUCGUCUUUGUAAUCAAUCUAAUCUUCUUCGUCGUCAUCACUGCCGGACUGAUCCUGCGAUUUGCGCUCUUCCCCGGAGCUUUCAAAAAUUCUAUGUUGCAUCCAUUCGAAUCCUCCUUCGUGCCCUGUUUGCCGCUGGCGAUGGCAAACAUAAUCGCAGAAAUGCAAGACUACGGGACCAGACACACCGGUUUCUGGCUCAUCAAAACCGGCGAAGUCCUCUUCUGGGUCUAUCUGUCAGUCGCACUCACGAUCUGCUUCAUCAUCCCUCCGUUGCAAUAUACUGUGCAACGUCAUCCUUUCUCACAAUUUUCGCCUCUUUGGAUGAUGCCAGCGCUCUGCGUCGUGUUUUCAGGCGCACUCGCAUCAACCGUUUCCACCGACUUGCCGCCAUACUCCAGCGUCAGUGUUCUGACGACGAGCUUCAUCACUAUGGGCCUGGGCCUGAUCGUCGCCAUUUUAUAUACAGCGGGUUUCAUAACACGACUCCUUGUCCAUGGCCAAGUCCCUGCUGCGCAAAUACCCACGCUGUUCAUCACCGUAGGACCAUUUGCCUGGACCGCUUACGGUUUACUCGCGGUCGGGACACGUAUCGAGACUGUAUAUCCAAUGCUGCAGCCACCGCCUUUUGCAAUGUCUGCCAUGUCUGGGCCUGUCAUCUCACUCGCCGCGUUAUUGCUGGCAAUGUUAUUGUACGGGUUCAGCUGGUGGGUGGUCAUGACAAGCCUAGUGCAAUUCGUCUAUAGCGCUUUCAAGGGAGAUCUUCCCAUCAGCAUUGCUGCUUGGUCGACUACGUUUCCACUUGCCGGACAUAUCAACGCUACCUUUCAGCUUGGGCAGAGGCUAGAUUCGCGCUUCAUCAAGAAUACAGGCAUCGUUCUAUUCUUCCUGUGGCUCGUCUUCUACUUUUGGGCGCUAGUCAGCACCGUAUUCGGCAUCUGGCAGGGCAAGAUGCUCGUCGAAGGCGCAGAACACAACGCGCCUACGCCGACAUUCGACGGUGAUUACCUUGCAGAGCGCGAGAGCAAGCAAGAAGCAUAGCAUUGUACAGCACAUUAUGGCAGAGCAACCAUCCGCAGAGUAUGCUGGCACAGGCAAUAGCAGGGCUUCAUUGCAUUCAGUACAUUGCUUCUGAUGUUGUAUAUUUUGCAGACUGUAGAUCAGAGAGUGGC